GGGUCAAGACUUACAGAAUCAGAACAGUACAUGGAGGGUUGUUCAAAAUUAUCUGCUUCUCCUUCACGUUAAAGAUAAUGGCGUUGAAAAUAAGGCAGUCCCUGGGUUUGUUAAUAGCAGAGCCCAGCGUGGGCCAGAACCUCCAGGUCCGCUACAGUUAAGUCAGCACAAGGUUCUUGGAGAAGUGAUUUUUAAGAAACUGCAAUUUAGGGAGAAGAAACAUCUUAUUUUUGAGACCCUUUGAAGACUUUCUGAACUUGUGGGGUUUAUAGUAGUAAUAGAAAAAAAAUCGUUAUGACCUGUAAUGUAAACACUUUUCCAUAUCAAAUAUUUCCUUCAUCGUCAUUUGUAAUACCAACACAGGGGUCCAUGCUUUGGAUAUAUAUUAUGCACCUUGCUUAGCUAAUCUAAUAUUGGAUGUUUAUGUUUUCAAUUCUUUUGUGGUAUUUGGUAAAUAGACACAUGAUUUUCAAAGCAGUCAGUAGGAAAGAAAUGUUUAAAUUCACUCGAAAAUGUCCCAAGGUUAUCAAGAUUUUUUUCAGAGUCACCAGUGGACAGAUGGGUAUUCCUUUAUCAUGGCCCCUCCUAUUCCUUUUCAUGGUUCCAAGGAAUGUUUUCCAGAGGCUUACUUUUUACUAAACUGUUGUCUGGAAACUUCUGACAGGUCAUUCCUGAGCUGCAAGAUAUGUCUCAUGACUUCUGUCUUACAACAUUCCUUAUUCUGGCUGCCUAGUUUUUGUCCCUUCCCUAAAGCAGCCAAAAAUGGACAAACCCCAGAGCUGAAAUAUGUUGUUACAGGGAUCAGUAACAUUCAAGGAUGUCAUUGUGGAAUUCACCAAGGAGGAGUGGAAAUUACUGGACGAAGGACAGAAGGCCCUGUACAAGGAAGUGAUGCGGGAGAACUACCGUCACCUCGUCGCAGUGGGUUAUUUUGUGAAUAAGUCAAAUGCAGUUUUGAAGUUGAAGCAAGGAAAGGAGCCAUGGAUAUUAGAAGUAGAGUUUCCGCUUCAGAACUACACUGACCUAUGGAAGAUUCAUGAGUCAGAAGAAAGACACCAGGAAAGCAAAGCUGAAAAGUCAAGGACUGGAGAACCCACAAAUCAAAAGACGCAUACCAAAGAGAAAACCUAUAAAUGCAAUGAAUGUGGGAAGUCCUUCUACCAGCAGUCUAUCCUUACAGUACAUCAGAAUACUCACUCAAAGGACAAACCCAAUGAAGAUGGGCAAUCCGUCCCUAGGAAUGAAGACCUCACAAGACAUGAGAAGACUAACACCAGAGAGAAAGCUUAUGAAUGUCAAGAAUGUAAGAAAACUUUCUACCACCUGUCAUCUCUCAGUAGACAUUUGAGAACUCAUGCAGGGGAGAAACCCUAUGAAUGUGAUCAGUGUGGGAAGUCCUUCUAUCAGAAGCCACACCUCACAGAACAUAAGAAAACACACACAGGAGAGAAACCCUAUGAAUGUACUGAAUGUGGGAAGUUCUUCUAUGUUAAGGCAUACCUAAUGGUACAUCAAAAAACACACACAGGGGAGAAACCAUUUCAAUGUAAGGAAUGCGGAAAACACUUUUCCCAGAAAUCACACCUUACAGUACAUCAAAGAUCACACACAGGGGAAAAACCUUAUAAAUGUAAGGAAUGUGGGAAAUUAUUUUCUAGAAACACACAUCUCAAAACUCAUCAGAGAACUCAUACUGGGGAGAAACCCUAUAAAUGUACUGAAUGUGGGAAAUGCUUCUACCAGAAGUCAGCCCUCACAGUGCAUCAGCGAACUCACACAGGAGAGAAACCCUUUGAGUGUAAUAAAUGUGGAAAACACUUUUACUAUAAAUCUGACCUUACUAAACAUCAAAGGAAACACACAGGGGAGAAGCCCUACAAAUGUGAUGAAUGUGGUAAAUCUUUCUCUGUGAAUUCAGUCCUGCGGUUACAUCAAAGAACUCACACUGGAGAGAAACCUUAUGAAUGUAAGGAAUGUGGGAAACUAUUCUCUCAGAAGUCACAUUUUAUCAUACACCAGAGAAAACACACAGGGGAGAAACCAUAUGAAUGUCAAGAGUGUAAGAAAUCUUUUAUCCAGAAGUCAGAACUCACUGCACAUCAAAAGAUACACAGACCGAGAAAGAGCUAAUAAAUAGUAUAAAUUGGGAACUUCUGGCAGAGUGUACCGUUAAGAAUAAUGAGAUAAUUUACACAAGACAAAAACUUUAGGUAUACCAUCAAUAUGGGGAACUUUAGCCACAAUCCUUCACAGACAGGAAAUACAGAGAGAAAUUCUACAAGUGAAAAUUUUACCAUAUGUCAGACUUGACUAAAUGUCAGACAACAUAGAUGACAGAAACACUGCAAAACAUGAGGGAACCUUUGAGAAGCCAGACUUUAUUGUACAACAUAUGAAUCACACAGAAGAGAAGUCCUGUAAGUAAAAUGAAUGUCAGGAAAUUUUCUGUUAGGGCAGCCAUCACCAGACAUCCAAAAGCUCACAUGAGAGACUCCUGUCAGAUUCCUGAUCAUUCAGAAGUCUUUUUACCCCAGUUAAACUCAGAGAGGCUGACUGCAAAGAUGGAAACAGAGACAGAAACUUCUAUCAAAAGUGAUGUUUCAGCAAAUGUCGAAUUAUUGAUACUGGGAUAGAACCUCUAAAUAUAUGAAAGCUUUACAAGAAAAUUCAAAGAGAAACUAUAGGGAGGGAAAUAGUGGUACCAGAAGUCAUGUCACAGAGAUUUGACUAUAAGGUGUGUGUGUGUGUGUGUGUGUGUUUGUGUGUGUGUGUGUUUAGAAAACUACAACUGUCUCAAUAUAUUAAGGUUUUGAAAAGUACAAAUAAAUUGAAUAAUCAGGCAACAUCAUUAAACACAGCUAGAGUCCUGAAGUAUGUGGGACUUAUGUGUGUGAGUGCGCUACAAAACACGGCCUGUGGGUGUUUGAUGGGCCUGUGGAACCCAAAAUUGUACAUAGGGAAAUAUGUCACUUUAGUUCAGUAGCUUUUAUGUACACAAAGAUAUUACUAAACAUCAAAGGAAACACACAGGGGAGAAGCCCUACAAAUGUGAUGAAUGUGGUUAAGUUUCAGCAGUGACUCCUGUCAAUGUGUAUUUAAGUAUAUUUUUUAAUUAUAAUGCCUCUUGUUCUCCUGUUUUCUGUCAUUUUUAAAUGAAUGUGUAUGUUGUUACUAACUAAUCUUCAGAAAGAAGUUAAAAAUGUUUUUUGUAAAAUUUUCAACUGUGAGCUACAUUUUACAUUAGGGACACAUUUAUAAGAAAAGCCCGAGUUUAUUUUUUUAAACAGCUGAUAAACCUCUAUACAGUAACCACAAAUAAGUCUAUGUAAGAAAUUGUUAUCUACCUUACUGUUGAUGUUUUAGCAGGGUGCAGCGCUAUCUGUUUUGUAUUUUGUAGGGGUCUUAAAUGUGCUGUCUUGCCUGUUUAUUUCUGGCAGAUGCAACAUGGCAAAGGCUCAAAUUCCAGCAUGGGGCAGGCCACACAACCUCUCGAUGCCUCAGUUUACUUUUAUAGGAGAAAUGAUACUAUGUUAUGAUUGCUUUGGGGAUAAAUGGGUUAUUUUAAUGCACUUAGACUAGCUUCUGAGAUGGAAACAUAGCUAUAUGUUAGAUAUUAUCAUCAUUGUCAUUUGUCUUUUUUGAAUUAUGCUGAAGAAAAGGAUUGGCUGCCAACAUUCAUCCCAAACUUGAUUGCUGUAGAGCCAUUUGGUUUGUUUGUACAUUUUCCCAGAAGUGACUUAGAGCUGGCCCACGCCCAUUUUUGCAGCUGGCAAAUUAAGAAUGGCUUUACAUUUCUAAAUAGCUGAAAAAAAGAAUGUUUUGUGAUGUGAAAGUUAUGAGAUGUUCAAAUUCCAGUGUCCCUCUAAUGAAGUUUUAUUAGAACACCGAUACAAAAACCGUUCAUUUCUGCUUGACCUGUGGCUUCUUUCAUAUUCCAAGAGCAGAGCUGAGUUGUCCCAGCAUAGACCUCAUGGCCCAUCGAGCCUAAGACAAUUCCUACCUGGCACUUUACAAAGUUACUGUUUCCUGUUCCUUAGAGCUAAAAGCACUACAGCCAAUGUAAAGGCACUUUUCUAUUUGGGAUGUGUUUCAGAAAUGGUGCAUACAGCAAUUUGUGUUGGGGUAGUUUUGUGCUGUCUAUUUUGUGUAGCAUACUAGUAUUUACAUGC